AUGGUCCUAGAAGGCGCCCCGCCCGAGGCAGCCUUACCACCGAACAACAAUGCCGUACCCAGUUCACCCGGCGGAUACCUCACCCCAAACCCGGCCUUCGCCAGGUACUUUCCGUUGCAAGUCAAACCGGAACUGGCGGUGAAGCCGGACUUGUUCACUCUGUAUUUUGGAUUUUUCGGCGUAAACAACUGGAGACGCAAUAUCGCAAGCCAUCUCACCGACCGCAUCGAGACCCAAUGGAUCGUGACAAAUCGCUACCCCACACAAAACGAAAUGGACGUUUACACCACAGCCACCUCGCGUGGCCUGUAUUAUAAAACCAUCGGCCUAUCGGCCUCUGCCUUCCUCGCGACUGGGUGGGAAUUUCGCAGAUUGACCAAGUCACCUGCAUGGCCUGGACUCGCGCCGACGCCUUCGGAGUUUUGGAGACUCCUAAAGAUAACCACUCAGGUCAAUGGCAGCGUCUUCCUCCAAAACGCCGGAAGAUCUGCUUUUAGAAUUCUCUUCUUCACCACCACUGGCUGGAUGGUUACAGCUUUCAUGGGAGCAUAUUCUGAUGCUCAGACUGUGCUCAUGGACCCAAGCAUGGACGACUUUAAGCAGGACAUAAAACACAUCUCCCAAGAGGAAAUUAGAAAGCGCAGGUUGUUCGCGGCUGUUGAUGGGGCCCGCAGACGCAAAGCAGGCGAGGUGGAUAUCACUGGACAGAUUGUCGAGCGCUUGAGCGGUCGCGGUGGUUAUGACCAGGGUCAGAGCAACUACGAUGACUCUGCUUCUCCCACCGCACUGUAUGAGAGCGACAAAUCCGACAACACGUCUCAGUAUGACCAGGAAAAUUAUUCGACUGGUCAAUCGCAGCCGCAGGUUUACGGCACAUCCCGAGGAAUGGCCAACGAGCCCACUUCCCAAUCAGACUUAGGAAACGACUUCUUCUUUGGUGGUAGUGGUGACGAUGCUAGUCCCACUGCCCCGGAGUACCGCAACACCAACCCCGACGGCUCCUCUACUGGCAGUGUAUGGGACCGUAUCCGACGGCAGAAUGUCGGACCCUCUCAGCAGCCUCCUGCCCGUCCUCGCAUGCAACAAUGGGGCCAGCCACAGAAUGCCUCUGGGUCAGAAUAUGCUCCUUCCAACAAUCAGGAUCGAUACAACAUGGAGAAGAGACGCGACAAGGAGCAAGCACACGCUGAAUUCAAUCAGAUCGUGGAAAAUGAGAAGAACGCGUACAGUGACACAUCUGCUCAGAAUCGGGGAUGGGGCUCAUGA